GGAGGUAACUCCAGUGUUUUUGUGCGAGUGGUUCGUCGAGGAAGUGGUGACGACCCCUCAAAUACAUACACAUCAAGGAGCUGACAUACUUCGUGGUUAGCAUGGCGUCUCGGCCGCAGAUCAAUGUAGACGUCGUCAGCGACGUCAUCUGACCCUGGUGCUGGGUCGGCAAGAGGAAGUUGGAGGUCGCUAUAGCUGAUCUCGCGGAAAACUUCGAAAUCCGCGUUCGAUGGGAACCCUUCCUCCUCCGACCCAACACCCCUCUCGAGGGGAUGCCCAAACCCGCCAUGUUUACAGACCCCUCAAAUCCCAGGGUUCAGUACCUGAAACAAGCUGGACAGGAAGUGGGAAUCGACUUUACCAAUAAGGCCACAGUGGUACCCAAUACCCUCAAAGCGCAUGCGUUGAUGGAAUUUGCCAAACACAAGGGAGAGGAAAGUCUACAGAAUGACGUAGCUGAACGUCUUUUCGACGCGUACUUUACCAAAGGAAAGUUCUUAGGCGAUGACGUCCUAGUGGGAGUGGCGAAGGAGGCUGGCCUUGAGGGAGGAGAGGUCAAGGCCUACAUCAACAACGACGUUGUCAUCCGGGACAUCCGUACAAGGGCGUUGUCAUGGAGUCAGAAAGGCGUUUCGGGGGUCCCCUUCUUCUACAUGAACGGCCAUCGGAUGUUCUCGGGGGCUCAGGAUGUGGAGACGUUCAAGAAGAUGAUGCAGAUGGCGGCGGAGAAGUUCCCCCAACAGGCCGCCAGUCGUUCGUAAAAUGGUGCGUGCGCGUAUGCCUUUGCGUGUGCGUCGUUAUAGGCUUGUGGGUAGAAGUGACAUAAUGCGGAACGAUCUACCACCGAUUUGGAAAUCUUGACGACCAAUCACAAGGGACCUCAUUGAUCCCAUUUUCUCGGUGUAUGUGCUGUUACUGUCUUUGUGAAGCUUGUCCUGAAAUACCCGGUGUCCAGUUGCAGAGGGUGUUAAUGCCUGUGUUUCCUGGUGGUAUCUAUGUGAAGCUUGUGCUAAAAUAUCCAGAGUCCAAUUCUAAAACUAAGUAAUUAAUUUGUUAGUGUUGGUGUUGCCCUUUUGAAAAGUGACCCUAUGACGACAGCCAUUAAACUACCUGUGGCUGAGCUGAUGUUAGUCACGUGACGAGAAGAGUAACAUCAACACUAUCUCUGAUUGGCUAGAGAUAGCAGAUACAGCGUUUGAUUGGCUAGAAACACGAGACACUUGAUUGGUGCGAUACAUUGAUCUGUUUGAUUGGAAGUGUUUGAGUGACAGUAAAAACAAGAUAUGUUAUUGAUGACAAAAUAUAAUAAGAGGUUGUCAUCCAUAUCUUGCCUUUAUUGUCAUAUGUCCAUUGUAUCCAAGUAGAAGCAUGACGAUGUGGAUAUUAGAACGUAUGUUUACACUUGUUAAUUUACAUUAAAAGAAUUUUCAAAAUCUGAAA